AGACCUUCUUAGGGCGGUUUCCUGCGGCCUUCGACGAAGCAAACGAAAAUCAAAUCAAGUCAUAUCCAAUCCCCUGCUCACGAUUUCUCAUCGUAUCGUCCAAAGUUUCAGAAGUAAAAAUCGAAUUCAGAGAGAGAGAGAGAGAGAAUGGGGAAUGUCUUCUGCGUGGCGUGUGGAUGCGUGGACCAAGCCAGCGUCGGUGUGGUGGAGCGGUGGGGGCGGUUCGAGAAGCUGGCGCAGCCCGGCUUCCAUUUCUUCAAUCCCCUCGCCGGUGAGUGCCUCGCCGGCAUCCUCUCCACCCGAAUUUCCUCCCUAGAUGUCCGCAUCGAGACCAAGACUAAGGAUAAUGUGUUUGUGCAAUUGCUUUGCUCAAUUCAGUACCGCAUCAUUAAAGAAAAUGCUGAUGAUGCAUUUUAUGAGUUGCAAAACCCUAAGGAACAGAUUCAAGCUUUCGUUUUUGAUGUGGUCCGAGCUCAUGUUCCAAGAAUGACCCUUGAUGAGCUCUUUGAGCAAAAAAAUGAGGUUGCUCAGGCUGUCCUGGAGGAACUUGAGAAGGUGAUGGCAGCAUAUGGAUACAACAUUGAACACAUUCUGAUGGUUGAUAUUAUACCCGAUGCUUCUGUGCGCAAGGCAAUGAAUGAGAUCAAUGCAGCUCAAAGGCUUCAGCUUGCAAGUGUAUACAAAGGUGAAGCAGAGAAGAUUCUCCAAGUGAAGAAAGCAGAAGCUGAUGCCGAAGCCAAGUACCUAGGUGGAGUCGGUGUCGCCAGGCAGAGGCAGGCAAUAACAGAUGGUUUGAGAGAGAACAUCUUGAACUUCUCCCACAAGGUGGAAGGGGCCUCACCAAAGGAGGUGAUGGACCUCAUUAUGAUCACCCAAUACUUCGACACCAUCAAGGACCUGGGAAAUUCAUCAAAAAACACCACUGUGUUUAUACCGCACGGGCCUGGUCAUGUUAGAGAUAUUGGCGACCAGAUACGCAGUGGUAUGAUGGAAGCAGCAAGUGCCGAGUUAACUGGUGCAUGAUGCUUCUGAAAGUGUCUUUCUUCUUUUUAUGUCCUUAGUUUAAGUUGGUAAAUAAACUGGAGCACAGUACUAAAAGAAGUGGUCCUCUAAUGGUUUUAGUAGAAUAGUUUUGUGGUGCCUGAUACUUUUGAACAUGGUUUGCGCGUAUAGUGAGUGGUAUACAAGUAGUUAACAGGAUUGUGUACAGCUGCUAGCUCUUUGAAGUUCUUUCCAUUUUGUGAGAGAUGCUUUCUGCUUCUUAUGGAAGAUUCCAGUAUCAUGAAUGUUUUAUGCUUGA